AUGGAUUGUAUCACUGCGGCAAUUCUUUUCCAAUGUCGAUAUAUGACAUUUCCACACAUGGAGUUCGUGCGAAGAUACCUACCAGCAUGGCUUCUACGGUCACGGUCACAUUCGGAGCCACUGAAUCCAGUUGUUUCGCUUGUGAGCAGUGUGAAGCCGACAGGCACAGCUGGAGUCGAUCUGCAGAAUUCUAUCUCAGAUCCUAGUGACCGCCAGAAAGAUAACGACAACGUUAUACCGCCCAAAGGGUCUCUCAGAUCCGCCCAGAGGCCGACCUUGACACCGGAGCGGUAUGUCCAGCUCUUGGUAGAGGCGGUGAAGAAUGAAAUCUUUCGCAAAGACUUGGCCAGAGAUUUGGAGCUGGCAAUGUCACAGUUAGGCUCUGCACAACGCGACCGCGAUAUCCAUCAAGCGGAGUACGAAGAACUGGCAGGGAGACAGAUAGAUGCUAUCGCCCCAUACCUGGAAAGACUAUCACAGAAGGUUGUGGAGGAUGAUGAGGCAAUACGUAACGAGACGAACGAGACAAAACGUCUACGGGCUCGGCUAAAUCUCUGUGUGCUGGAUCAUGCACGUCUCCCCGGCAGGCUCAUUCCGAGUACGCCAUGGCUAGUCGACCAAAGCAGGCAGAGCAGCAGGAUAGAUGACCUUGCAGUAGGUGAGGAAUUCUGUGCCCAGAUAAUGGAAGUUUGCCGUGGCAAGAGCCAGUUCCAAAAGGACCAGAUCAAAACUCGUGAGCUUCGAAAGCAGGUUCUAGCUGCAAAACGUGGACCACGAUCGGAUUUACAACAGGCCUGUAGGAUGUGGAGAGACAGCGAAGAUACCCUUGCCAUCAGGUGUGAGAAUCAGAUUCGGGCCGAGAAAGAAGUACUCAUGAACAUAGUCCGCCCUUUGCUAUCUGUCCACGAGAUCUCCACAUCAGGUUGGCUGCAUCCAACAACAUCUUCCAUGUCAAGCGGACAGGAUCUCAGCCUCGUCAGCGCUAAACAGGCCUCCAAGUACGACAAAAUUGGUAGCACGCGGGCGGAUGAUGAUUGGAAGGCGGACAGGAGUACACAAUGGCUGAACGUCCACAAGAGUAGGCGUGAACUCAAUCGUCAGUUGCGUGGUCGAGUGAAUCUGGCAGCAAACUACCCACUCGCAUUAGCCGGAUACCUGGCGACGUACAAUGCCGGCACAGAGUCAGAGUUCAAUAGAAAAUAUGCAGAACAGUAUGGAAGCAGCUUCGAAGCUAGGCAAGCUGAUUCACACGAACAGAUCGAGAUUUGGCGCGGGCGUCCAGGCGGAAAGAUGUAG